GUUUGGAGAACUAGCCCUUGGGGCUGUUCGCGGUGCUCGUCCAGGAGCCAUGGGAGCGGAGAAGAAGCUGCUGCCGGUCAAGGAGGCCUUUCGCCUGGCCCAGCAGCCACACCAGAACCAGGCGAAGCUGGUGGUGGCGCUGAGCCGCACCUACCGCACGACAGAUGAUAAAGCAGUAUUUCAUGAGGAGUUCGUCCAUUGCCUUAAAUAUGCCAUGGUGGUCUAUAAACGUGAACCAGCUGUGGAGAGGGUCAUAGAAUUUGCAGCCAAGUUUGUUACUUCGUUUCACCAGUCUGGUAUGGAAGAUAAUGAGGAAGAGGAAGAUGGUGGCAUUUUACAUUAUUUGUUUACUUUUCUUUUAAAGCAUCAUGAAGCAAACAGCAGUGCAGUCAGAUUUAGAGUCUGCCAGCUCAUAAACAAAUUUUUGGGAAGUAUGCCAGAAAAUGCUCUGAUUGAUGAUGAUUUGUUUGAUAAAAUUAAUGAAGCCAUGCUUAUUAGAUUAAGAGAUAAGAUUCCUAAUGUGAGAAUCCAGGCAGUUCUGGCUCUGUCACGACUUCAGGAUCCCAAAAAUGAUGAGUGCCCGGUGGUUGAUGCAUAUGUCACUUUGAUUGAAAAUGAUUCAAAUCCAGAAGUUCGGCGGGCAGUGUUGUCCUGCAUUGCACCUUCAGCCAAGACUUUACCAAAAAUUGUCGGGCGCACCAAGGAUGUUAGAGAGGCUGUCAGAAAGCUGGCUUAUCAGAUUUUAGCUGAAAAAGUUCAUAUGAGAGCUAUGUCCAUUGCUCAAAGAGUAAUGCUUCUUCAGCAAGGUCUUAAUGACAGAUCAGAUGCUGUCAAACAAGCAAUGCAGAAACAUCUUCUCCAGGGCUGGUUGCAUUUUACUGAAGGAAAUAUUUUAGAGUUGCUUCAUCGAUUGGAUGUGGAAAAUUCUUCUGAAGUGGCAGUCUCUGUCCUCAAUGCCUUAUUCUCAAAAGCUCCUCUCAGUGAACUGGUAGGAGUCUGUAAAAAUGAUGACAGAAAAUUAAUUCCAGUGGAAACAUUAACUCCUGAAUUGGCUUUGUAUUGGCGCACUCUUUGUGAGUAUUUGAAGUCAAGAGGAGAUGAAGGUGAAGAAUAUUUAGAGCAGAUUUUGCCAGAGCCUGUAAUAUAUGCAGAAUAUUUACUGAGCUUUAUCAAGAGCAUUCCAGUAGUUAAUGAAGAACAAAGAUGUGACUUUUCCUACCUUGGAAAUUUGAUGACAAAGGAAUUCAUAGGUCAGCAGUUGAUUUUAAUUAUCAAGUCUUUGGAUACCAGUGAAGAAGGAGGAAGAAAAAGGCUGCUGGCUAUUUUGCAAGAUGUCCUUACUCUGCCUACAACCCCUGUAUCCCUAGUUUCAUGUCUUGUUGAGCAACUUCUCCACAUUAUUAUGGAUGAUAACAAGAGAACGCAAAUUGUUACAGAAAUUAUCUCAGAGAUUCGAGCACCCAUUGUUACUGUUGGUGUUAAUAAUGACCCAUCUGUUGUAAGGAAGAAAGAACUCAAGAUAGCUGAAAUAAAAGUUAAACUUAUCGAAGCAAAAGAGGCUUUGGAAAAUUGCAUUACUUUACAAGAUUUUAAUCAGGCAUCAAAAUUAAAAGAAGAAAUAAGAGCAUUAGAAGAUGCCAAAAUAAAUCUGUUGAAAGAGACAGAGCAACCUGAAAUUAAAGAAGUCCACAUAGAGAAGAAUGAUGCUGAAACACUACAGAAGUGUCUUAUCUUGUGCUAUGAACUGUUGAAACAGAUGUCCAUUUCAGCUGGUAUAGGUGCAACUAUGAACGGGCUCAUUGAAUCUUUGAUUCUCCCUGGAAUAGUAAGUGUCCAUCCUGUAAUAAGAAACCUGGCUGUCUUAUGCUUGGGAUGCUGUGGACUACAGAGUCAGGAACUUGCAAGUAAACACUUUGUAUUACUAUUGCAGGUUUUGCAAAUUGAUGACAUCACAAUAAAAAUAAGUGCUUUAAAAGCAAUCUUCGACCAGCUGAUGACGUUUGGGAUUGAACCGUUUAAAGCUAAGGAAGUCCAGGCCCCGCCAAGUGAGGACACAGAAAGGAACAGUGAUGAUGAGCAAGAAUCAAAGGAAGUUGAGACUUCUACUGCCAAGAAUGUCCUGAGACUCCUCUCUGAUUUCUUAGAUAGCGAGGUGUCUGAACUCAGGACAGGCGCUGCAGAAGGACUAGCCAAAUUGAUGUUUUCUGGAGUUUUGGUCAGCAGCAGGAUUCUUUCUCGUCUUAUUUUGUUAUGGUACAAUCCUGUGACAGAAGAGGAUGUUCGACUUCGGCAUUGCCUCGGUGUGUUCUUCCCCAUGUUUGCUUAUGCUAGCAGGACGAAUCAGGAGUGCUUUGAAGAAGCCUUUCUUCCAACUCUGCGAACUUUAGCUAGUGCCCCUGCCUCAUCCCCUUUGGCUGAAGUGGACAUCACAAAUGUGGCUGAAUUACUCGUUGAUCUAACAAGACCAAGUGGAUUAAAUCCUCAGGCUCAGAAUUCCCAAGAUUAUCAGGCCUUAACAGUACAUGACAACUUGGCUAUAAAAAUUUGCAAUGAGAUCUUAACAAGCCCAUGCUCCCCAGAAAUUCGAGUCUACACAAAAGCUUUGUGCUCUUUAGAACUGAGCAGCAACCUUACAAAAGAUCUACUGGUCCUUCUGAAUGAGAUUGUGGAGCAAGUAAAGGACAGGACAUGCCUGAGGGCAUUGGAGAAAGUCAAGAGUCACUUAGAAAGAGGAAGUGAGGUUGGUGACCAGGCAGCAGUGCAGGAUGCCAGCACGACCACAACUGUCCCUGAAAAUGAAGAUGAAAAGAACAAAGAAGUAUAUAUGACUCCCUUUAAAGGUGCAAAAGCAGCCCAGCGAUGCAAAUCCACUCAGCGAAAGGCUAAUGGAGGGAGGAGAAAAGUGACAGCAUCAUCUAGGACAAACCGGAGGCGUCAGACUGCCGAGGCUGACUGUGAAAGGUAUGCCGUGUCUAGGUACACAAAGAAGCCUGUCUUUGCGUUGAGUAGUAGAAAAAAUGUAAUUUUCUUCUGUAAGAGAAGCUCAGUAUAUUAUAAGCUAGUAAAAAUUAUGAAUAACUGUGACUUUGAUACAUAGUCUAAAAUUCCAUUUGUGUCUCAAGAGCAUUUGAUUUCUAUGGCUUGUGUGUUUUUUGCCUAUUGGCAUUACCUAGUCAUCUUUAGUAUAUUCCCUCAAUUUAUAUUGCCAAGUUUUUUUCUACUUACAUGUCUGAUUACUUGAAUUUGUAAACUCUUAAUUUAGAUAACACUUGAGUUCUCUGCAUGUAUAGUAAUAGAACAGCUACGUUUACGCUUUAACUAUGUUUGUGAUUUGUGUGAUGAACAGUGCUUAUUUGGGGUGCUGCCCACAAAGCCACUGCUGGGCCAAAAGAAAGUCUGCAGCUGUCUUGCAUUGGUAUCAGUUCACUGGCAAAGUUGUGUGUAUUUUCACUGUGUAUCUUUAAGUCUUGGCUAAACCUUGUAAGGCUCAUUACAAAAGUAUUGUUUUGUUUCCCUGUAUAACAUCAGGGUUCGAUAGAGUAUAGAAAAUGAGCUAGGCUUUCUGCGAUUCACUUUGUUGGGUAACCAGUGUAUUGUGGUUGAUGUGAGAUUUUAGUUGAAGCUCAGUGGAAUCUGGCUAUCAGUUACGCUCUGAUAGAAUGUCAGAAGCAAAAUGUUUUAUUUAUAAACAAAUGGGUCUUAAAGCUGUUAAUUAAACUGAUGUAUUUUCAACAUCUGUUUAGUGAUCAUGAGGUUCCAGAGCCGGAAUCCGAAAUGAGGAUGAGAUUACCGAGACGAGCCAAAACUGCAGCACUAGAAAAAAGUAAACUUAACCU